UCGGGAGCUUCCAGCCGGAAGAAGACUCCGCGCGCAAGGCCUGCAGGGACUUGUAGUCACGAGGGAGCCCAGGAUGCUUUGGGCCCGGGGUCCGCGCACGCGCAGUCACGCACUCGUGGCGGCUUCCCCAGUCUGCAGUUUGCGGCCGGCGGAGCGUGGCCCGGCGUCAGCGUCUCGUUCCCACAAGGCACUGCGGGGGCCCGCGGCGCCUGCCGGGAGCUGUAGUCCCCGCGCUGCGUACUGCGUUCGCCGAGGGGGAGGGCGGAGCUGCCGGCGGCCCGGGCGGGCUGGCAGCUACAGUGGGUGCGAGAGUCGCCUCCGCUACCGCCGCCGCCGCCGCCGCCGCCGCCUCCGCCUCCGCCGUCGCCUCCUCCGCCCGGGCCGUUCGCUGCUGCGCGGGGAGAGCGAGGCGGGGCCGCCGGGGCCGCCAUGGAGCCCGACUCGGUGAUUGAGGACAAGACCAUCGAGCUCAUGUUACCGAAGUGCAUGUUUGGGAUUUUGUUGAAGAAGGCUGGCUACAGUAAACGGAAAGAAUCUUGGAAGCUGCUUGACUGCUGUCUUUCCUCAGACUAGUCUGAAGGGAAAGGCCCCAUUCACUGUGGAUUGGUGGAUCUGAAAGUGCAAACAAACUCUUUCCAGUGUUCUGUGCCCAGGUCUUUGUGGCUAGGCUGCGCCAGCCUCGUAGAGAGCAUGUGUGCACUGAGUUGCCCGCAGAGCGUGCCCAGUGUCAGAUGUCUCCAGAACACUUCAGUUAUGGAGGAUCAGAAUGAAGAUGAGGCCCCCAAGAAAAGUACAGUUUGGCAGAUAAGCAAUGGUACGCCGUCCGUGAUCGUCUCCAGGAAGAGGCCCUCGGAAGGAGACUACCAGAGGGAGAAGGAUUUGUGCAUCAAGUACUUUGACCAGUGGUCCGAGUCCGAUCAGGUGGAGUUUGUGGAGCACCUGAUUUCACGGAUGUGUCACUACCAGCAUGGACACAUCAACUCGUACCUGAAGCCCAUGCUGCAGAGGGACUUCAUCACCGCACUGCCAGAGCAAGGCCUUGACCACAUAGCAGAGAACAUCCUCUCCUACCUGGACGCCCGGUCUCUGUGCGCCGCAGAGCUGGUGUGUAAGGAGUGGCAGCGGGUCAUCUCUGAGGGGAUGCUCUGGAAGAAGCUGAUCGAGAGGAUGGUGCGCACAGACCCCCUGUGGAAGGGGCUUUCCGAGCGGAGAGGGUGGGAUCAGUACCUGUUUAAAAACAGACCCACAGAUGGCCCUCCCAAUUCCUUUUAUAGGUCGUUAUACCCAAAGAUUAUUCAAGACAUAGAGACUAUAGAAUCUAACUGGCGGUGUGGACGACACAACUUACAAAGGAUCCAGUGCCGCUCGGAAAACAGUAAAGGCGUCUACUGCCUACAGUACGAUGACGAGAAGAUCAUCAGCGGCCUGCGAGACAACUCCAUCAAGAUCUGGGACAAGACCAGCCUGGAGUGCUUGAAGGUGUUGACAGGACACACGGGCUCCGUCCUCUGUCUCCAGUAUGACGAGCGAGUCAUCGUGACAGGCUCCUCGGACUCAACGGUGAGGGUCUGGGACGUGAACACGGGCGAGGUGCUCAACACGCUGAUCCACCACAACGAGGCCGUGCUGCACCUGCGCUUCAGCAACGGGCUCAUGGUCACCUGCUCCAAGGACCGCUCCAUCGCCGUGUGGGACAUGGCCUCCGCCACCGACAUCACCCUGCGGCGCGUGCUGGUGGGCCACCGCGCCGCCGUCAACGUGGUGGACUUCGAUGACAAGUACAUCGUGUCCGCCUCGGGAGACCGCACCAUCAAGGUCUGGAGCACGAGCACCUGUGAGUUCGUCCGCACUCUGAACGGGCACAAGCGAGGCAUCGCGUGUCUGCAGUACAGGGACCGGCUGGUGGUCAGCGGGUCGUCAGACAACACCAUCAGGCUGUGGGACAUUGAGUGCGGCGCCUGCUUGCGAGUCCUCGAGGGCCACGAGGAAUUGGUCCGCUGCAUCCGGUUUGACAACAAGAGGAUCGUCAGCGGCGCCUACGAUGGGAAAAUCAAAGUCUGGGACCUGCAGGCGGCUCUGGACCCCCGAGCCCCGGCCAGCACACUGUGUCUGCGCACCUUGGUGGAACAUUCUGGACGGGUGUUUCGGCUGCAGUUUGAUGAGUUUCAGAUCAUCAGCAGCUCCCACGAUGACACUAUUCUGAUCUGGGAUUUCUUAAACGUGCCUCCCAGCGCCCAGAAUGAGACCCGCUCUCCCUCCAGAACAUACACUUACAUCUCCAGAUAACAGUGUGCACUUUACCCCUUCAGGGUCUCCUAGUCUUGAACUACUGGCGACAUGGCUGGCAGAUGCCUACGGGAGUUCUUCACAGCCGAGUUACUAAGCCGGAAUUGGUUCUAGACGCUGGGUGAACGCAAAGCAGCCUAACUCUUCAAGCACCGACCUUUCUCACCUCUGAUUCUGGCCUCCACCCGGAGAAGACACCUUCGCCCCACUGACUUCAGCAGAACAGAAGCCCGUCUUCCUCGUCCGUGAGAAACCUCCGCCACUCCCAACGUCCCUUGUCCAUUUCAAGGAUCCAGCGGUCCGUUUCACAUGAGUGACUUGACCAGCAAGAGAAGACCCGACCUCUAACAUACGUUGCUUUGCACUUUGGUCUGAGAAGACAACAGCAUCCUCCUCCUCCUCCUCCUCCUCCUCCUCCUCCUCCUCCUCCUUAGUGAGAUUUUGGGUGCCAAACGCCUACCCAGAAUGCCCAGGGCUCUCCUUUUCAGAAGUCAGUGCUGUUGUUUCGGCCACCCAAGCCCUUAUGAAUUCUGACUGGUAGAGUCACAGUGGACCGUGGAGACAUUGCUCUGGGUUGCUUCAGUGACUUCUUAUUUUUUUUUAUUUUUUUGGAUUACACUUCCUUUCUGUACCAGUAUCUUUAACUUAAAGGACGAUAAGCCGGACUAUCUUAACUCCCAGCGGAGAACAGAGCCCGACUGUCUGUUAACCUCUUCUCCCGAACCCAGCCAGCCCUCACUAUUUGCUAGAGUGACGUCUUCACAGACAUGCUUGCCUCCUAAUUUAAAAUACUGUCUCCGCAUGUAGAUAUAAUGUACAUAACAGUCUAACCUCAAGGCCACUGGGCUCAGGGCCCCAGGCCUGAGACGCUGAUCACAGAGCGUGUCCGCACGUGGCCGUGGGCCGGGCUCUGCCAGGGUAACCGCGGCACCCAGAACCCUCCCGGCAGUAUUCACCUGGUGGUGUCUUUUUUUUUUCUUUUUUUUCUUAAGUUGUCUUUGUGUGCGCGUGUGUGAAGUGUGUGCUUCUUCAUGAGAACCUUGUUUUAAAAAUGUCUUUUCUAAAGUCAAUCACCCGAUGUCUCCUCCGUUGUUCAGUGUCUAACAGUCGAGAGGGACCCGACGGACGGCUUUGCUCUCCCGCCCCCCACCCCAAAGCCUCUCCCCCGGGGGCCCCACAGUGUCCCCGCGACGUCCCCCUCCCCCCGGGGCGGGGGGGGGGAGCAGAGGGCCCUCACGUGCGUGUGUGGUGCAGACCCUCAAGCUCAGAAGCCGGUCCCAUCCCCGUCUUCUGCCACGGCUCCCUGGACCUCUCCGUCGGUGCACGGAACCCAGACGGGUACUCUGUCCCCUGCUGUUGGGUCCCAGGACCAAGGGACGCCAGUACCCUGUGCAAGGACCAAUAAGGUGCCCAGCCCCCAUGUGGGAGCAGGCGGGUGGGUGUCUGCCUGCUGGGUGGCCCCUGCUGUCUCGGGGUCUCUCCUCUUUUUUUAAUACACCCUCCCCUCCUCCCCAAGUCAGGAAAGCAGUCUGUGGACCUGAGUGGCACAGAGACUCGCCUGUGUCUCUAGGUGGGUGCUGUCAGCGUCGGGGGAGCAGGGAGGGGCAGUGCUUCUGGACAAGUGGACUUUGGUGGAUUUUUUUGUUUUGUUUUUUUUUGCAUGUUUAACCUGCGAGUUCCCGUCCCUUGGGAAGAUCAUGGACUCUGAAUCCGAGCUCGACCUUUGAAUCGUGCCCACUGAGUUAGAGGGGAGGUUGGGGGCAGGGGGGAGAGGGUCUUGGCACCCCAGGAGUUCCGACUCGCUGGGACUGAAGUUGUCCCCCCGGCCGGGCUCCGGACUUGAUUUUUGCUGACCGUAACUGAGCAACUGUAAAUGACUGCUAUAUUCAUGUUUCAAAGCACUGGGAUAGUCUAACUUGUAAUUAAUUAUGUUUGCCGAUUACCUGUUGGAGAGGAAUCUGUGUCUGGACAGCUUUGGGAACUGUUCAACUGUACAGAAUAUUAUUCAUGACAGCUUUGUACUGUGGAAUGUGCUUAAAUAAAAACAACAACAAGUUUGA